AUGGAUCGUACAGCUAGUACAAAACGCGAUGUCCUUGAGCGCAUGCUGCUCGAUGAAAGUGUAGAGCCGACUGAUCUGCCAUUAUCACUCUUGGAAAACAUCACAAAUGGUUUCUCCCAUGACAAACGAAUAGGAAGCGGUGGGUUUGCUGUGGUUUAUAAGGGAAUGCUUAGGAAUGGGACAAUUGCUGUGAAGAAGUUGUUCAAUACCCAUUUGCAUGAGAACAAAUUUCAUCAAGAGGUUGAAUGUCUAAUGAAGGCGAACCACAAAAAUGUAGUAAGAUUUCUUGGAUAUUGUGCUGACACACAAGGAAGGAUGGAAAUCUACAAUGGGAAGCAUGUCAUGGCAGAUGUACAACAAAGAUUACUGUGCUUUGAGUAUUUGCCUAAAGGGAGUCUUCAUGAUUAUAUCACCGGUAGGGUACUCAAAAGUUGGGGGAACAGGUUGGACAAAAUACACAGAGAAAAGCAGUUGGAGCAAUUACGAGUGUGCGCUGAAAUAGGGAAAGAAUGCACUGACUAUGAUCCAAGAAGGAGACCAGAUGCACGGGAUAUUGUCCGUAGACUUGAUGAAGCGGAUAUUGUGGAUGAUAUUGUCACUGACAUGAGCAACUUAUCAAUAGCACAGGAAAUACACAAGAUAGAGGAGCAUGGCGACGGACUAUUUGGUGCAAUUGGUCGUAAGCUGUCCCUCAAGUGCCUUCUUCGAGUGUCCCGGUCGGAUUACGGCACAGUGGCCUCCUUGAGCCGGGCACUUCCGGACUCUGGUGCGCAAUGGGGAUAUCUACCGCCUACGGCGGCUGACCGAGACCUGCUCGUGUUUGGCAGGGGGGACUUUCUGUUAAUAUAUAGCAUCCUAACCAAUUCAUGGAUUCAGACGACUGAUGCGACGAACUUCUUUCCGCGCUGCCAAUUUGGUUCAACAAGUGUGGGGCAAAAAGCCUAUCUGGCAGGCGGAACUACUGAUUAUUAUGACGGGGUCUUGAGCACCGCAGUAGUGAUGUAUGAUUCUGAGGAAAAAGUUUGGGAGCCCCUCCCAAGCAUGAAUAGAGCUAGAAAGUCGUGUUCAGCAGCAUUCAUGGACGGGAAGCUGUAUGUGAUUGGUGGGGUGGGCAGCAACAGAGAGGUAUUGACCUGCGGGGAGGAAUACGACUUUGAGCGGAGGUCGUGGAGGGUGAUCGACAACAUGGCUGAGGGUUUCAUGAUCAACACAGAAUCGCAUGCUCCUCGUGCUCCUCCUGCUGCAGUUGUCAAUAACGAGCUUUAUGCAGCUCAACACAGUUCCACUGAGAACAAAGUCAAAAAGUAUGACAAGCAGAACAAUAGAUGGAUCACACUUGGAAAAUUGCCAGAAGGUUCUCAUUCCUGUCUUACACCGGGUAUUGGUUUCAAAGCAUGCGGUGACAAAUUGAUCUUCGCUGUAGGCACAGACUAUGUGCUAUAUCCUUCUGGCGCUGUUAAGCUUUACUCAUGGGUCCCCAAUGAGCAGCCACCUGUUUGGAGUUUGAUUGCCAGGCAUCCCUCAGGUACUACCGUGUGUAAUUUCGCCGUGAUGAGUUGCUGA